AUGAAUGCAAUAAGAUUGAAAGGAUUCAACCAUCUAAGAGCCGUUGUGACGAUGAUGAUGACGAUGAUGAUGAUGAUGAUGGUGGUGAUUGCAACUUGGAAUCCAGUUGUUUUUGAGAAUAUGACAACAACAAAAAAGACACUGCUCUGCACAUAUAAAUUUUUGCAUUUUGUUAACCAUACUGCAACUAAAGCUCAUGCUCCUAGUGAAGUGGCAGCCGUGAGGAGUCCUAGUACUGCAGUAGCUGAAGCUCCUGCUCCUAGUGAAGUGGCAGCCGUGAAGAACAAGGCUGCUGCUGCAAUUGAUAAAGAUGUUGCUGCAAUUGAUGAAGAUGAAGCUGAGAAGAAUUCUACUACUACAGAUCAAGACGAGGAGGAGUGAAGCUGUAGAACACUUAUCCAAGAUAAAGUGCAAAGAAAGAGAAGUUGGAUUCAAACCAACUUCUUAUUCUAAGAUUGAAGUAGAAAAUCUUAAAGUUAUUAAUGUUAGAUAGCAUUAUGUAUUCAAUCUCUAGUUUCCAGCUUGUAAUUAAAGUCAUUUGUAAUUACUUAGAACACCUCAUGUAUAGUUCAAAUAGGUUUCUUCCUUCGUAAUUU